CCGAAGAUCCUGGAGGAGCUUUCUUUAAUUUCACCUCUGUUUUUAUCGGUAUUUCGUUACCUCUGCUGGGAAGAUGGCAGGGCACACAGCCUCGAUAAACGGCCAUAGACCCCCGCUGUCGUCAUGCCCAAGAAAGGGAACCGAAAACGGCUGAAGUUUAGAGCCGAGGAUAUUUGCUCGGAGUCAGUAACUGUGUCUGACUAUGCCAACGCUGAUCCAGCCAUUGUGAAGUCGGGAAGAGUUAAAAAGGCUGUCGUAAAUGCAAUUGAAAAAGAAGUGAAAUUACUCUGUGGACUCGAGGCAUCCCAUGGUCCGGUGCAGGAGGUGCUCUCCUCUGCAGUUGGUGUGGGUAAUGCUGCCCGAGAGAGCAGUGAUGAACUGGACUCAGAAGAAGGGGAUGAAAUCAAAGGGUCCCACAAAAAGAAAAACAAGAGACAUAAAGAAAAUAGUGUGAGCACAAAUGGGGAGGAGUAUCCUGUUGAUAUUUGGCUUGUGCUUGCUGCAUAUAUUCGCCCAGAAGAUGUUUGCAGAUUUGCUUUGAUCUGCAAGAAUUCUUGGACCGUCACGUGCACAGCUGCAUUUUGGGCACGUCUCUACAAAAGGCACUAUAAUCUUGAUGCAGACCUCCCUGAGCGCCUUCAACCUGAUUCUAUUGCAAAGAUGCAUUGUCUUCGUGCCCGUGUCAUUCGCUCGCUUUUUCAUCUAUAUGAGCCAUUUAACCUGCGGGUUUCCAAAAGCCCUCUUCUUCCUGAAUCUACGCCAACUACGCUACUCAAUUCUAAGUGUUUGCUGUUUUGGGUCAACAAAGUGUCUGGAAGUAGAUCAGAGCCAAUGUGGGAAUUCAACUUCAAGUUUGUUAAGCUGCCAACCAAGGGCAAAAAUGGAUGUGACCUGGGUCUUCAGCUGCCCAAGCAGUAUAAAGACGUUCAUACUAAUCCAGACUUAGACUGUUAUCUGCUGCGGGUCACCACCCUCAAUUUCAUAUUCACUUCUGUUGUAAUGGGCAUGACGUUAACUUUGUUUACCAUUAAUGUGAGUACAGAUAUGAGGCACCAUCGAGUGCGCCUGGAGUUCCAAGAUUAUCCAGUCUUUCGAGGGAAGAAGCUAAGAGGAGAACAGGGGGUGCAGAAAGAUUCGUUCAUUGCCCAUUUCUGCAAAAGUUCUUUACACCAGGAUGUCAAAAGUACCAAUACUGUUUUUGCAGUACCGGAAGUACUGCAUACUGACUCAAUUCGGUACCUGCACGCUGUCUGACAAAUGCCUGCUUUCAAAUGCUCUCAUGCUUAUUUGUGUGUCCUGUUACUCCUUUACAGUAAUUAGCAUUACUGUACAUUCAUAAUUCCUGUAAUAUAAAUCCAAUGUGUAAUCAAAAGGGUUGAUCAAUGAAGAUACAGUAUGACACUAGAGUGGCAUUCUCUGUCAGUUCUGAGAGUACAGAGUAUGUCAACCCACGCAUCUUAUCAUGUGGCUUGUUGAGCUCGUUACUGCAGAGAUAUAGCACAUGUUGGGGCUUCAGGCACAACUUGCCACGCACCCCACCGAGAGCUAACCACAUUAUAGCGAUCACAAGGAGGUUACCCCAUGUGACUCUACCCUCCCUAGCAACUGUGCCAAUUUAGUUGCUUGGGAGACCCGGCUGGAAUCACUCAGCACGUCCUGGGAUUCAAACUAGCGAACUCCAGGGGUGGUAGCCAGCGUCUUUACCACUGAGCUACCCCCUGUAUGUGACAUUUUAAGAAUUGUGUAACAAGUACUUGCACUAAUGUAAACUGUAAUGUCACUUACUGUACUUUCCUUUACACUACUCUUACAGUACAGUAUGACAAAAUGGACCGUUUACUACCUUUUUAGAUUGGGGUGAGUUACUGUAAUGUGGCAGCCACUGCCAUAGUUAUGCCUCGGUUUACUGUAUUGUAGCACAUAGUGGAAAAUAAUGGCAUAGAUCUCAUUGGGCACAGCAGUUCCCUGCAAUCUUCCUCCCCUGACAGCCUUAGUUUUAAAAGAAAUCUACAAAUCUGCAUUUUUUUUUUUUUUCUCUCAUAUACUAUGGGGGGGAACAACACAUUUCUUAGUUGUUAGUAAUAAGGGUUGUAAUUCAGUAUUCUCUAUAAAGCUGUACAUUUAUUGUAAAGUGCUAUACAAAUAAAUGUUAACUGAAAAUGUUUCUCUUUGGGUUUAAUAUCUAACAUUCAUAGAAAAAAGACACACUGUCAACAUGGUUAUAAAAAGUAUAAUACAUUUUGUUCUAGUACAAUGACAGUAUAAAUUUAUACUGUCCUUAGCAUCAGGAAGUUUUAAACCCUUGCUGUAAACAAUAGUGGUUGCAAAUUAUAUAAAUCGGUAAUAUUGUAACAAGAAUUCAUUAUGUUUGGUUAUCCUUUUUCGAAUGUGUUAUUUACUGUAGAUUUUUAUACUUUACAAACAUAUUAAAAAAAAUCUAACCAGUUUGAAAUAUAUAGAUAUACCAAAUGAUUCACUGAUUAAUCAUUAGUUCAAUAAAAUUAUAGUCCAAUGUAUUUAAAUGAAUGAGAACAAAUGCUAAUGAAAGGUUUGAUGUUAAUAACAUUAGGGAAGGCAAAUACUUUCAAUGAAAGGUGUAUAUAUAGAUGAUAUAGAUAAUAUAUAAUUAUUGGUGUGGUAAAAAAUGUACUUUGAUUUUGUGUGGGCCUGUUGUACUGUCAAUUUAAAAUA